AUGGGCUCCCGCCUGUCCCUGGACGACUCCGUGCGGGUCCUGGUGGUCGGGGGCGGCUUCGGGGGGACGGCAGCCGCCAGCCUGCUCAAGUCCUGGGCCGUCCCUUUCGUGCUGGUGGACAUGAGAGAUGCUUUCCAUCACAACGUGGGCGCCCUCCGGGCCGCCGUGGAGAGCGGAUUUGCCAAGAAGACUUUCAUCUCCUACUCGGCCACCUUUGGGGACAGCUUCCGACAAGGCAAGGUCGUGGACAUAGACCCUGGGAGGCAACGAGUCGUGCUCAGUGAUGGUGAGGAGCUUCACUACUCCCAUCUCAUUCUUGCAACAGGCAGUGAUGGGCCAUUCCCUGGGAAGUUCAACCAAGUCAUUGACAUGGAGCGAGCCAUCCAGACCUAUGAAGACAUGGUCAAAGAGAUUGAGAAAUCUCAGCGCAUCCUGGUAGUGGGAGGUGGUGCUGCUGGAGUGGAGAUGGCUGCCGAGAUCAAAACGGAGUACCCGGACAAAGAGGUCAUCCUCAUUCACUCAAAAACUGCACUGGCUGACGUGGAGCUGCUAGCCAGUGUCCGUCAGGAGGUGAAAGAGAUUCUCCUCAGGAAAGGAGUCCGGCUUCUGUUAAGUGAAAAGGUCAGUGACGUGGAAAACCUCAGGCCAAACCAGUUCCAGAAAGACAUGGCAGUAAGGACCGAGAAGGGCACCGAGGUGGUUGUUGACAUGGUGGUGCUGUGCACAGGGAUAAAGAUUAACUCCUCUGCAUAUGCUGCUGCAUUUGGUGAGAAAAUGGCAAGUAAUGGUGCUUUGAGAGUUAACAAGCACCUCCAGCUGGAAGGCUACGAGAACAUCUAUGCCAUUGGGGACUGUGCAGAUCUCAAAGAGCCCAAGAUGGCUUACCAUGCUGGGCUCCAUGCCAACAUCGUGGUGACAAAUAUCAUCAACAGCCUGACACAGAAGCCUCUCAAAACCUAUGAGCCAGGGUCACUAACAUUCCUGCUUUCCAUGGGCAGGAAUGAUGGUGUAGGCCAGGUGAGUGGUUACUAUGUGGGACGUCUCCUGGUGACCAUUGCCAAGAGCCGGGAUCUGUUCGUCUCCAAGAGCUGGAAGACGAUGGGACAGACAAUGCCCUCUUAAGAGGGCACAGGUAACCAUCCAGCAAGGAUACAACAACUGGAACAGGGUGAGGGUGCACUUCUACUGCUUGGAUUGACUGAUAUUGUCCUCUGCAGCACCUCCUCAAGCCACCUGUCACCAUGACACAUAAAAAGGGUGCCUGCAUUGCUGUGGAGGGGAAGGAGUCACUUCCCAAAUGAACUGCACACAAGUUGCCAUGCUAAAAAACAGGGAAGAAAGGUUACUUUUAUUUCCCCUGCUGAGAGAGCUCUGAGCAACAAGCUUGGCUUACCUUGAUUCGUAACACUAAACACUGUGGUUUUCAGAA